UCUGAUCCGGGUCCAGGGAGGGGUCUGGGCCGGGGCAGCCCCGUCAGGGCCCGGCGUCCUCCGUCGCCCCGGAGCCCCGUUUCCCCCGGGCUGUUCGCUCAGGUCGCUGGAGCUGCUGUUUCCUCCGGGCGCCACCAUCCCCUCCUCACCGUCCCCGUCCUCCGUGGGAUUUGCCCCGGGGGCUUUUAGCCUCGUCUGGAGGCGUUGUUUGGGUUGUUACAAAUCGGGACUCCUGGCACCUGGAGGGCGGAGGCCGGGGAUGCUGCUCCGCAUCCUCCACGGCACAGGACGGCCCACGACGCAGAAUUCUCUGGCCCAAAUGUCAGCAGUGCCGAGGGUGGGAAACCCUGCCCCAGGGCCUUAGACUCUCCCGAGCCCUGAACGAACUGUGGAAACUGUUCACAAGUCAGCCGAGUCACUUACAGGGCCCCUAAGUGACAAGCUUGUUUCAAGGGUCUGGAGACACCAAAAACUCUCUGUCAAGCCUAGUGAGACAAGAAAAGCAUCCAUGGAGCUCAGGUUUGAGUUGAAACCAGGCUCAAGGUCCGCCUGUCCUCGCUGAUCGUGGAUUUCUGUGUGAGCAGUGCUUUUGGAGUUCAGGAGUGGCUUCGCUGGAAGGUUCUGGCUCAGGACAUUGAUGAGGUUGCAGGAGGAUAUCUGCUGGGACUGCAGUCAUCUGAAGGCUCGACUGGUGCUGAAGGACUCACCUCCAAGAGCCCUGUCCUGAGUGCUCCGUGGGGACGAGAGGAGGAGUGUCCUGGUUCUCCACUGCCCUGUUGGUCAGGAAGACUUAGCGCCUUCAUCACAGGAUGGCGGCAAUGGUUCUGUCCCCCACUUGUGCUCAGUCUCCCCUGUACCCAGCCUCUCCUCAAAAAGGAUGCACAGAGGAGGAAGGGUUCGUUCGUGGCUUCCUGACAAGCUGGUUACCGGACUUGGUGACCUUGGAGGACGUGGCCGUGGAGUUCACUCCGGAUGAGUGGGCAUUGCUGGACCCUUCGCAGAGAACCCUGUACAGGGACGUGAUGCUGGAGAACUGCAGGAACCUCGCAUCGCUUGGGUAUCAUGUUGAUAAACCCAGUCUGAUCUCCCAGUUGGAGCAAGAAGAUAAAGUGAUGGCAGAGGAGAGAGGAAUUCUCCCAGGCACCUGUCCAGAUUUGGAGACUGUACUUAAGGCCAAAUGGUUAACUCCUAAGAAGCGUGUUUUCAGAAAAGAACAUCCUAAUGGUGUAAAAGCGGGGAGAAGUCAUCUUGGAGUGAAACUCAAUGAGUGUAAUCAGUGUUUUAAAGUCUUCAGCACGAAAUCUAACCUUACGCAGCACAAGAGAAUUCAUACUGGAGAAAAACCCUAUGACUGUAAUCAAUGUGGCAAAUCCUUCAGCAGUAGAUCUUACCUUACUAUUCAUAAGAGAAUACAUAAUGGGGAGAAGCCCUAUGAAUGCAAUGACUGUGGGAAGGCCUUCAAUGAUCCCUCAUCCCUUAGAUUGCAUGUGAGAAUUCACACUGGAGAAAAACCCUAUGAGUGUAACCAGUGUUUUCACGUCUUCCGCACUAGUUGUAACCUCAAAAGCCACAAGAGAAUUCAUACAAGAGAGAAUCACCAUGAAUGUAAUCAGUGUGGAAAGGCCUUCAGCACAAGGUCCUCCCUUACGGGGCACAAUAGUAUUCACACAGGGGAGAAGCCUUAUGAAUGUCAUGAUUGUGGGAAAACCUUUAGGAAGAGCUCAUAUCUGACACAGCAUAUGAGAACUCAUACUGGAGAAAAACCCUAUGAGUGUAAUCAGUGUGGAAAAUCCUUCAGCAGUAGCUUUUCUCUUACUGUGCACAAGAGAAUUCAUACUGGGGAGAAACCCUAUGAAUGCAGUAACUGUGGGAAAGCUUUUAAUAAUCUCUCAGCUGUUAAGAAACACGUAAGAACUCACACUGGAGAAAAACCGUAUGAAUGUAAUCAUUGUGGGAAAUCUUUCACCACUAACUCUUACCUUUCUGUGCAUAAGAGAAUACAUAAUAGGUGGAUAUGAAUACAAUCGUGUGUGAUGUUUUUGCUGUAAUCAUCUUUGUUGUAAACAUAUUUGCUGUAAGUAUUUUCGCUGCAUAACUAAUUGGCUGUAAGGCAAUUUUGCCAUAAAAGAUAAAAUAACUGGUUGACAGUUUGGUUUCAUUUUUGGUAAUUUGGUAAUGCCAAGUUUAUAUGUAAGAUAUAUAUAGAUAUCUACCUAAAACUGAAUGCAAUAACUGGGAAAGCCCUUAUCGAUAUCCUAUCCCUCAGACAGCUUGUGGUAACUCACACUAUGUGUACAAGUUAUCUGUUGCUGCAUAACAGAUAUCUAUAUAUAUCUUAGAAGGAGACAAAUCAACAGGCAAACAGAAAUAUGCAUAAUCCUAUGAACGAAAGCCUUGGAGGACAAAUGCUUACCAAUCCACAAAAUUAAAUCAGUUGUUUGUGCAGUAUUGCCAUGAAGCUACUACACCAUAGUUUGUUCUCCUUGUUCAGCAUCGCACUUUCUUUUUUGCUAAAAUUUCUUCUUUCCUUAAGAGUGGUAUCAGUUUCCAAAUACUAGGUUGCAUAUUUGUGAUUGAGUUUUGCAUUGUGUUGUGAAAUGCAGUAUUGUCACAUAGCCAUUCAUAGACAUUCCAAAGUUCUAUAGGAAAUGUAGGAGGGACGACUAUGUUUACUGAAGGAUUUGCAAACUGAUAUUUUUUACUAUAGUAUGGAAUCUGGCUUUACACUCUCUUAUUUGUCCCUUUAUUUGUAUCUUUACACUUAAAUGUCUUAUUUUUCCACCAGUUAUUUCAUCUUUUAUGGCAAAAUUGCCUUACCGCCAAUUAGUUAUGCCGUGAAAAUGUUUGUGGCAAAGAUGUUUACGGGGAAGAUGCUUACAGUGAAACUACCUAGAACUGAAUACAGUAACUGGGAAAGCACUUACUGAUAUCUUAUCCUUCAGCCAGCUUGUGGUAACUUACACUAGGUGUAGAAGUUAUCUGUUGCUGCAUAACAGAUUUCCCUCCAAAAAUAGUGGCUUCAAACAACAUACAUUUCUUAUCUCACAAUUUCUGUUAGGUCAGGAAUUCAGAAACAGCUUAGCUAUGUAGUUCUGGCUCAGGGUCUCUCAUGAGGUUGCAGUCAAGGUGUCAGCUGGAGCUACCGUCACCUGAGUCUUUAUUGCUGAAGAGUCCACUCACAAAAUGGCUCACACAUGGCUGGCAAGUUAGUGUUGGUUGUUGGGAGGGAAGCUUCAUUUCCUUACCAUGUAGUGCUCUCCACAGGGCUAAGUAUCUUUAUGGUGUAGCAGCAGGUUCUCCUCAAAACAUUUGGUCUGAGGAAGAGCUAAUGCAGAAGCCACAUUGUCUUUUAUGACCUAGUCUCAGAAGGACAUGUUACCACUUCUUCCAUUAUUGUAUUGGUCACACAGGCCAAUCCUGAUACAAUGUGGGAAGAAACUACCCAAGGUAUACCCAGGGGCAGAAAUCAUUGGAAACCAUAUGAGAAGCUUGCCAUGAAAUCACUAAAGAAAGGCAUACCCCUAUCCUUUCAAUCUAUUCGAUGAGAAGUAGCAUUCAGUAACUCUCAUGUUAAUUCCCUCUGGAGAGAAACCUCAUGAGUGCAGUCUUCAUGGUAAGCCUUCAGUUCAGACACACCCCAACGUGCAUGAAAGAUUAUGUAUCGAGGAGAAACCCAAGGGAUGCAGUAGCUAUAGGAGAGCCUUCAGCAAUAUCUCCAGGGAGUCACAUGACAAUUCACACUACGGGGAAAACCUUAUCAAUAUCAUCAGAAUGCAGAAGCCUUCGGGACAUUUAUCCCUUAGAACACGCAUGAGAAAUCACUACAGGGGAACACUCGUGUAAGGAAGGUGGAAAACCCUACAGCACAAGCGUUCAAAUUACUGAGGAAAAGAAGGUGAGAUAUUCUGAAUGCAAUUACCAUGGGAAGGCCUGGUAUUUCCUCUCAAUUUUAAGAGACAUGAGUAUUCUGGAGAGAAGGUCCCAUUGAAUGUCAUCAGUAUUGGAAAACCUUUCAUUGCGAAGGCAUCAUUCACUGCAGAGAAACUUGUGACUAUAAAGAAUGAGGGAAUGCCUUUACUGAUACCCCUUACAUUAAGAAAAAUAUGAAGUUCUCUCUUAAUGCAAAACCUGUGAGUGUGUGAAUUUUGGAAAAUCUUUCAGUGACUCCUGUUACCGUUGACUCCUGGGAACUUAGACUGAAGGGGAAUCCUAGGAACAUAGUCAAUAUGGGCAUGCCUCAGCCUCGGCUCUUCACGGAGUGGCCACAAAAUAAACUGGGGAUGAAAAGGGUAGACAUUAUGAGUUGGGAUUACCUUUAGUGGUGUCUAAUCCUUAGGUUGGACCACUAGCUCAUUAAUUUUCAGUCUUUUUGUUUUAGUAAAUGCAUUUGUCAAUAGCUAUACCCUGAAAUAAACCUUAAUUAUGUUACAUAGAUUUGUAUUUAAUUUGUUUAUCAUUUACUCUUUAAAAAUAUCAGUACACUGCAUAUUCAAAAAGGUA